AUGGUACAGCCAACAACUGUUCGGGGAAUAACCUUUCUUUUUCUCGUUGCUGGUCAUAUGUAUAGAACUAAUUUCGGGAUUGGGCACAGUAUGAAAGAUCUUUUAGAUGCGCAUGUUCCCCCGGGGGGACGAGUGGGACGCGGGCAUAAGGGUCUUUAUGAUACAAUCAAUAAUUCGCUUCAUUUUCAAUUAGGCCUUGCUCUAGCUUCCUUAGGGGUUAUUACUUCCUUAGUAGCUCAACACAUGUACUCUUUGCCUGCUUAUGCAUUCAUAGCACAAGACUUUACUACUCAAGCUGCAUUAUAUACUCAUCACCAAUAUAUCGCAGGUUUUAUCAUGACAGGCUCAGCGGAUCCGAAUCACUUGGAAUUUGCUACCCCGUCGUCCGAUUCUAUGAGAAGAAUUUUCUCUUACCUUAGCUCGUUAAGAGCAUUCUUUCUCUUAUACGAAGGUUACCCAGUAAAGCAGCUCCAUUCUUCGUCAGUGGCAUUGAAGGAGACCGAUUCCAAGCUUAUUCCUCUACUAAAUAGACUGAAGAAGGGGACUUCUCAAGAGAGAGCUAUGGAGUGUGAAAGACAAAGUCUAGUUAUAAGUUGGAGUUUCCUCAAUAAAAUCAGUCUGAACGAAGCGAAGCGAAGUGAAGUCCCUGGAGAGGAAGGCAUCGCCUUUUGGAGUCCUUUGGGGGAAAGAAAGGGCUCAUCUCUUCUUAACUUCUUGAUUCAAUUGAACCGAUCCUCAGAAGAAUCUCUAUCUCUACGAGACCUGAUAGCCGAGAUAGCCUUUGUGGUCCAUUACCCAUGCUAG